CUGGUUGCCUGGAGGCGCGACCUGGACACAAUGGGGUCUGGGAGCUGGGCCGGGCAGGGGCAGGAAUCCAGACACCCCACCCUGCCUUCCCAGCCAGGAGACACAGGAGCAGGUCAGUGCAUCAACUUCGGGGGCCCCCCUCCGGCACCAGGUCCCCCACGCCGCUCCCUCGCCCCGGUAUCCUCCCCCAAUGUCCCUAAAAUAUCCCAGUUCUCCAGAACCCCGGGGAAUUCCUCUCCCGCAGUGUUGAGUCCAAACUUGGAGCGCGCACAUACACCUCCACUGAACUCAUUAUGGGGGUGGGGGACGAGAGACGGCCUCGAAGCUCUGUCCCUGCCCCGCGCCCCUCUGGAGCCGGAAAAGCUACCGUUUGUUUCCCUGGUACUUGGGAUAGGCGCGGGCCCCGCCCCGGAGUCCGGCCCGUCUGGAGGGGAUAGGGAGUGCGGUCCCGCGAGUCAGGGUGGAGGGGCCGGGGCCGCCACCUUGUGUCCGCAGGUGUUGCCGGCAGAAAGAGCUCCCACCGUACCAUGGGCUCGGAAGUCUGGGUCGGCCCGUGGCGGCCGCACCGGCCCCGCGGCCCCAUCGCAGCGCUCUACAGUGGCCCGGGGCCCAAGUACAAGCUGCCAGCCAGCACCGGUUACAUCCUGCACGACCCGUCGCGGCCCCGCGCCCCCGCCUUCACCUUCGGCGCACGCCUCCCCACGCAGCAGACUUCGCGCGGCCCCGGGCCAGGUCACCUGGUGCCCGCUCGCAUGACCGUGCGCGGCCGCGACGGCGCCCCCGCCUACUCCAUCUUCGGCCGCCCGCGCCACGCAGCGCCCUUCCUCACUCCUGGACCGGGCAGGUACUUCCCGGAGCGAGCGGGGAACGCGGCGUACCCCAGCGCGCCUCGGCACACCAUCGCUCCCCGAAACUGGGGCCUCCGUGCGGAGUCGCAGACCCCAGGCCCCGGGACCUACACUGUGCCCUCGCUCCUGGGCCCGCGCGUCGUCGGUAAAGUUUCGGCCCCGAUUUACUCCAUCUACGGCCGCAGCGCGGUGGGCAGCUUCUGCGAGGACCUCAGUAAGACCCCCGGGCCCUGCGCCUACCCUGUGGUGAGCCCUGGGAUCUACAAGCCCCGGGCCCCCCAGUUCUCCAUGCUGGCGCGGACUUCGCUCCCCCAAGGCAACAGCCUGAAUCCCGGGCCUGCAGCCUACAACGUGGACCAGGUGCUCUGCAGUUCUGCGUCAAGGCACCGGAAGCCUCGCGGCUGGAGCUUCGGGAUCCGGCACUCGGACUACCUGGCCCCGAUGGUGAUCGACGUGGAUGACUGACCAGCCGGGCGGGCGCGGCCCCACGAAUGUUUCUUAAAACCUCUGGAGCCAGCAGCCUGUCGGCCUCUCUGUGCUUGCGGCGAGGCGGGCGGGCAAAACGGGCAGGUGGGUGGGCCCGCGAAGUCCCGGACUUCUCGAGCUCCCGCAGGCCCUCGUGAUUGGCCAGGACAGAAGUGAGCCGGGUCGUCCUGCCCCUCCGAGGCGGCGAUUGGCCUAAAACCCCGCCUGUCGGGAGGCCCCGCCCCUCCGCGGCUCCGGCCAGGCGCGCAGUCCCACUGUUCCCACCCUGUGGCCUCCCGCGAGACGGGACGGAAGCCGGUUGGGAUCCGAAGAGGACCGGCGAGCGCCGCUGUGCAGGACAGGUACGGCCCCGGAUCAAGUUGUGAGACCGAGACGUGAGAGCCAGACACGGAGACAUGCACACGGGCGACACAGACACGGGACUGAGGGGCGGACAUGGGAGAGAAGCGAGAACAGGGUCGGGACAAGGGCACUUGGCCUCAGUGACACGGACACAGGGCGGCGACAGGUUCCAGAUGUGUCGCAGCCCGGAGUCGUGGCGGCCCCACCUACCCCUGUCGCACCUGCUGAUCUCUCCCGGGGCGGGAGCCAGAGCCCAAGCAGCUGCCGGGGCUGAUCCGCCUGAAGCAAGGGUACAUCAGAGGCUUCGUGCGCGCUGUGCUGGACCGGACGCGCAGGGCGCACACAUCCGUGCGUGAGGACGGCUGGCUGCCCCUGACCCCGACCCAGAGGUCAGGCCCAGAGACUGCCUGCCCCCAGGGACGCCACAGCGCCCCACCACUGUCACUGACACUGAGGAUAACCCAUUGCUGUGGGAACGCCCCCUUUGUGCUGUCUACACCACCUUACCCGUGCCUAGGGGCCAUGCUCUUGGCCAUCUGGCGAAGCAUGAAUCUGGAGGAGACCGCGGCCCUGGCCAAGUCUGGGCAGCAGCUGGAGUGGCCAGAAGCCUGGUGCCAAUAGCUUGGGGACAAACAUGCCCUGAGGCAGAGUCCUGGCACCUGCCCUGGCUGCCUGUGGCUUGCAAGGUUAGAAGACACCUCCUCUCCAGACCAGAACCUCUGACCUCAAAAAGGCCAGCAGCCACAGGCAGCUCCUAACCUCACGCCUGACCCAGACAGAGCCCCCAGAGGCAGGGCCCAGGCUUCUCACCCCCAGGACAGAACUUAGAUCUCCCUUCCCGUCAGCCCCCAAUAACAGGACCAAAUCAUCCAGCUGCCCCUUCCCCUUCGGUUCCCAAGGGAAGAGCUGUGUACUGCUCUCCGUCCAUCCCCCAGACUUGUACCCCCAGCAAUAGGUACCAGCCUCCUCCCCCCACUGACACCCCCCAUCCCAAACCAGGACAAUUUAUUUUCCAUUCCCUCUCCAGCUGGACACCCACUACACUGCUCAGUAAAUACUUAACUCCAGCUGAGUCCUAACCAAGGAAGGUGAGGAAAAAUGUGGGGGUGGGGAGGUGACUGUGCAGGUGAACAGCAUCCUUGCCUAGCAUGUACCAAUAGUCAGCAGACGUGGUCUGGGGCACGUGGGGGGGCACCUUGGGUAAACUGGAGUCUAUUCAUGGAUUCACUGUCACCCAGAGCAUGUAUAGGCGGGCCACUGAUUGGUCAUUGAUCUGGGUUAUUGAUAGAAACAUUGGCCAGAAUCUCUGAAGGAUCACUAGGGAGGAUACUGAUCAGUUAUUCUUGGGUCAUUGGGCUUUGGUCAAGAUCAUCAACGGAAAUUUGAUUGGAGUCAUUAAUAUGGACUUGGUCAAAAUAACUGAUGGGCCUCUGAUCAAUCAUUAAUGGGCCAUAGGACAUUGAUCCAUAUCUUUGAUGGGUCAUUAGUGAGGACUUAUCGGAAUUGUUCACGUCACUGGUCAUUAUUUUGGACAUUUGUCAAGGUUGCUGAUGAGUCCUUGGUCAGGGUCAGUGAUGCGAUCACUGAUCAGAGGCCACUGAGGGUCACUGGGAGUCCUGAUGCAGGGGAGGUUGGCCAGAUGCAAGGGCUGCCAGGGCAAGUGGGCUGCUGUAUUGUGGGUCAGAGCAGGAAGCUUGUUCCUGCAGACGGAAUCCUGCAUGAAGCAAGAGAUGUGACGGCCACUGUCGACAGCCUGCCACUCAUCACGUGUGACCUGACCCCAGACUCCAGGGUCCACCUCCUGCAUGUUAAAGACCCCUGACCUAUGAACACACACAACCACAGGUGAUCUGACCCAAACCCAGGGUCAGUGUCCCACAUCACAGGAUGCCUGACCACCCACUCAAGAAGGUGGCCUGACUGAUGCACCUGUCAUCCCAGCACAUAGGGGACUUGACCUUCCAUGCUCAGGGUCCCUGACCCCUCAUGACUGACCCGAGACUCAGCAUCCCCCGCAUCUCAGAGGAAGCUGCAGGAUCUCCAUCACCUUAGCCUCCCCCACACAGCCUUCAUCCUCAGUAAGAAGGCAGUGGACAGCCUGUCUGCUCUGAUGGUAGGCAGGAAGUUCAGAGAGGCCGCAGUCCUCCCCAGCCAGGCACAGGCCCCGGAGCGCCUGGAGCCUGUGUGGCCUCUCCGUAGGGGUCCCCAUGUGGCUAUGGCAUGUCUGUUGGCGUGGAUCUCCUUAUGUGGCCCCAACCUCCCGUUCAUAACUCCAGCAGCCUUGGUCCUCAAGGUUGGCAUGGGGCAGCCGCUCUGACAGCCAGGGACAACCCCGCCGUAGGCCACGCCUUGGAGUGGAGGAAGCGCUGCUGUGCUUGGACGGCCUGGGGCCACCGGGCCUGCGGACCCGGUCACCCAUCACCAGGCUCGGUGAGGGGACAGGGAAAGGGGCACCCGCUCUGGCUCAGCCCUACGCCCAGAGACCCCCCCCUCCCCUCCUGAGCCCGGCUCCUCACUCCCCGCCCCACCGCGCGCGCAGGCCGACACGCAGCAACGAAGCCCGAGAGGCGCGCAGCUAUGCGGGUGCCUGGUGCGCCGGGGCCGUAAGCGAGAGGGCGAUUAGGCCCGGCAACUAGGGACAGCGCCGAACAAGGAGCCGCCGCCGCGGGGGGCGGGACCGCAGGGAAGCCCCGCCUCCAACACGUGACCUCUGGCGGACCCGCCACCUUCGGCGCACGCGCACGGCCCAGCGCCGGCCAGCUCCAUGCCAGUCUGCGCGAGCGCGGCGCCGUUGACGCAUGCGUGCUGGCGUGGGGCGAGGUGGAUGGCUUCCGCAGCUUCCCAGGUCGCGUCCCCAGACUCCUGGCACCGACCCCGGCGCGCCGGGGGCCUGGAAGACCGACCCGCGAGGCGCGUUCCGGGAGGGCGCCCUGAACGGGGCUACCGGAGGAAAGGGGCCUCCCGUAGAGGGGCCCUGGAAACGUUCGCAGGCUGCCUCCGUUUGCAGGUCCAUCUCGUGCACCGCUUAGAACACAGUUUGUAAAGGAGGAAGCUGGUGUGAACAGGGUAAGGGACGUAUCCAAGGUCGUCCAGCCCAGGAACCGUCGGACGGGGCGGAGGCCGGACGUUUAGGAGUCUUCCAGAGGGUCCUCCCAGCAGCAGCUGAACAGGUGAGGCGGGGGCGGGGUCCUAAGACCUCCGCCUAGCAAACCUCCA